AUGGUUCUCGAGGCUAUCAAACAGGAUGUCGAUGUGGGCCCGCAGCACCAAGCGACAGGGACACCAGCCAUCAAGGAGUCGGAAGAAACUGCCACUAAGGUCCCCACUGAUAAGAAUCUCGCUGAUCUCAUUUUCCAGACACUUCCGCCCAGUCGCAUUUCAAAACCUUCAGGUGAACCAACCGACAGUAAACGCAGACAAGGGCGAAAAUCCUCAUCUUCCUCAAGGUCUGUUUCCGAGAAGGAGAUCGACAGCCUCUGCCAGCUCUUUCCGCAAAUGUGCCGCAGUGAACUGGCCACCCAUCUCAGGGCGACCGCGGGGGACGUAAAUUCAGCUGCUGACCGGAUCCUCGCUGGCGAACCGGUCAGUCAGAAGUCCAUGUCACCUCCAUUGGACGAUAAUCGUAGUGACGUCGAUCUGCCUCGCAUGACUCCAGAAGAAAGGCUGGCGACUAUGGAGCGCUACGGGAUGGUUGAUGCCUCAAGUAGCCAAACAGUUCAUCGGCCCAAACUACCUACGGCUGCAGAGGUCGGACUACUUUUUUUGUUAUUCUGCCAUACUUAUCUCGUCCUAUGUUUUUUAUCAGUAGUGUAUUAUGUCAAUCUAUGUAAAUAUGCGGGUUCCGGGGAGCAGUUCAGAAGAAGAAGACGCGAUCACUGGAGCAAGAGCUUUAUUUUCCUGACGUUUCGGAUUCUUUUAGAGUUGCGAAAAUUCCCAUCAGAGAAUUCAGAAGUCCAGUUUGGCGAGUAUACGUGUACUUUCGACAAAUUCUCGUCGGGAAUCCUUAAACAUAGGUAA